AUGAUCCAGGCUUCGGGCGGUUUCUUCGUCUACUUUAUCAUCAUGGCUGAGAACGGUUUCUGGCCAUCACGUCUGCUGGGUCUGCGCAAGCAGUGGGACUCCAAGGCAGUCAACGAUGUUGCCGAUUCCUACGGCCAGGAAUGGGUAAGCCGUUUUACAUUCUCUCAGGCACAUACUGCUCCCCCCUCUGGUCCUUAUGAUCGUACGAUGAUAUCCCUUUGUGUCGUCCGUCCUGAUUCAACCCAUCGUUACCAAAGCUAG